CAAACUGCGCUCGGAAAUGCAGCCAUGCUGCAGAGCGGGAUGAUACGGAAGAAGAGCUGAGCUGUCAUUCAUACACACAGCUUUCAGUGACCCGGGCCAGGCACGGGUCGAAAUGUACAGCGGUGGACCGAACCCAAUCCUGCUUCGGGAAUAGGCUUAGUUAGAUCCGGUUCGACCAGGCAGGUUCAAAUACAGUUAAAAUGAGUUCGCAGGACGUGCUGAGCAGCGCGACAAAGCUAGCCUCGUAUAACGUGCUGCUGCAGGUUAUGUUUCGAGGUCUUUCCUUUGUGCUCAAUGCUUUCACACUUCGCUUCGUGUCCAAAGAAAUCAUCGGGGUGGUGAAUGUGAGGCUUACACUGCUCUACUCCACCGUGGUGUUUCUGGCAAGAGAAGCCUUUCGUAGGGCCUGUCUGAGCGGAAGCACAGAGCAAAACUGGACGCAGGUUAUCAACCUUCUAUGGCUAACAGUGCCAGUGGGGGCGCUGUGGUCGGUUCUGCUGGGCUGGGUGUGGCUGUGUCUGCUGGAGGUUCCUGACCCGGCCGGUACCCCUCACUACGAGGUCGGGGUGCUGCUAUUUGGCCUCUCCGCAGUGGUGGAGCUGCUGGCAGAGCCCUUGUGGGUGCUGGCACAGGCGCACAUGUUCGUGAGACUGAAGGUGAUUGCUGAAAGUCUCUCCAUCAUUGUGAAAUGCCUCCUGACUGUGCUGCUUGUGCUUCUGGUUCCUCACUGGGGCCUCUACAUCUUCUCGCUGGCUCAGCUCACUUACACCAGUUUCCUGCUGCUGUGCUAUGUUUUGUAUUUCGUCAAGUUCCUCGGAUCCCAGGAAGCUGAGAAGUCAUCUUUCCCUCUCUCCAGGGUCCGCGAUUUAUUACCGACACGUACAAGAGGCAAGCCAGUGGUUAACUGGAGCCUGGCAAAGCUGACUUGGAGCUUCUUCAAGCAGUCAUUCCUCAAGCAGAUCCUAACAGAAGGUGAACGCUAUGUCAUGACCUUCCUAAAUGUGUUGAAUUUUGGAGACCAAGGAGUGUAUGAUAUAGUGAAUAACCUGGGCUCUCUGGUGGCCAGGUUCAUCUUCCAGCCCAUUGAGGAGAGCUUCUACAUCUUCUUUGCCAAAGUGCUGGAGAGGGGGAAGCAAGCCAAGCAGCAGAACAUGGAUGACGUUACUAUGGCAGCAGCGGUUCUGGAAUCCCUCUUGAAGCUGGUGGUUCUGAUUGGCCUGACCAUCACGGUGUUUGGCUACGCCUACUCUCAUCUGGCCCUGGAUGUUUAUGGAGGCUCCUUGCUGAGCAGCGGAUCAGGUCCCACUCUUCUCCGGUACUACUCCCUGUACGUGCUGCUGCUGGCUGUCAACGGCGUGAGCGAGUGCUUCACCUUCGCGGCUAUGAGCAAAGAACAAGUGGACAGGUAUAAUUUCGUGAUGCUGGCACUGUCCGCCUCCUUCCUCAGCCUCUCGUACUUCCUGACCCUCUGGCAGGGCAGCGUGGGAUUCAUCCUGGCAAACUGUCUCAACAUGACGCUGCGGAUCGCUCACAGCGUGCGCUACAUCCAGGGCUACUUCUCCCACAGCUCCUCCAGGCCUCUGGCUGGCCUGCUGCCCUCCCCCGCCCUGCUGCUGGUCUUCCUUGGCAGCGCAGGGCUCACCGCCCUCUCGGAGGUGUUGUUGUGUUGUGAUAGCGGCUGGAUCUCACGGCUGGUGCAUGUAGCUGUGGGGGUGGUGUGUCUGCUGGCUGUUCUGAUCACAGCGUUCUUCACCGAGACCAAAUUAGUUCAUUUUAUAAGAACUCAGUACUUACCCCGUUACAUGAAAAAGGGAACAUAACCAAGGGAAGACUGUCUAUCUAUCUAUCUGUCUAUCUCUCUAUCUCUAUAUCUCUCUAUCUCUAUCUCUUUGUCUGUCUGUAUCU